UAAGAGUUUGAUGACAAGUUACUCAGUAAUGUUUGCUAUUUCUUCAUCUCCAAGCUGAUAUGGGGAAGGUCAAACCUGAAAUUGUUUACUGACCACUGACCACAACCCGACUGACAGCAUUAGAAAUACUUAAUUUUUUUUUCCUAUCAUGGUGCCACUGGGUAUGUUGAAGUAUAUUGGAUGGAUUUUCCUGAUUUGGUUGUGUGGAGAACAUGGCUGUGUUUUAGCAAGGCGUAGCUGUCGUGCGCCCACUCUGAAUGGGGGUUAUGUUGUUCCUCAGCAAGACACAUACUCGCAUGGAACCGUUCUUUCCUAUGCAUGUGAAGCUGGACUCAAGCCGGCAGUGGAGGGCUGGUGGGCAACAACGACAUGCCAGGAUGGUAAAUGGUCCACUCAACCACAAUGUAUUGAUGUCAACAAUUGCAUCCCACCUACUAUCCCUCAUGCAAAAUUCACUUCAAGCUUGGUGGGUUGGUAUGAAAACAGCUACGUGAUCAGGAUAAAAUGUGAUGCCGAAUAUGCAUUCAAAGACUUGGAUGCUACAGCGGAGUGUGUCAAUGGAACAUGGCUCUCUGUACCAAGCUGUGAGCGAAGUAGCCAGGCAUGUGAGGAGCCCCACAAAAUUCCCCACGCUGUAAUCAUAAAUCAGCACCCUCACCAGGAUGUGUAUGCUUCUGAUACUGAAAUACUGUACGAAUGUCAAGAUGGAUAUAAUGUAGAGGGACAACUCAAAAAGUCCAUCUUUUGCAUUGGUGGAAACUGGUCAGCAGCCCCGGCCUGCAUCAAACAAAUAAAGCCAAUUCUUGGUCGCUCCACAACAUCUGCUGGCAGUGAGACAAGGCCUGAAAGUGGAGGAUCUUCAACCAGCACUGGUUCAACCGAUCCACAAGUUACUACAGUUGACCAAUGUGGAACGACUCCCAUUGUCCAGGGUGGUGAGAUUGUGGGAAGGGAUCUUAUGUUUUUGAAAUAUCAAUGUGGCAGUUUCUACAAACAAGUGGGUCCGGAGAAAGUGUUCUGCUACAGUAACGGCCAGUGGUCCACAAUGCCCACCUGCAAAGCUAUCUACUGUUCUGUGGACACCGAUCAAUACCCCCAGUUAAAAUAUGAUGGAGUUAAAUAUAUAAACGAUGGUGAGACGGUGACACUGGAAUGUGAGAAACUGCACCACUGGCUGACAGAUCAUUAUUCGGAGGGGCGGUGCAAUAACGGAAGACUUACAUUGGGGAUAUGUUGUAACUGGUGGGAAAUGAAGUUUGUAAGUGAAGCUUUUUUUUUUUUGCAUUUUGCUGUUAAGUUUUGCUCUUGUAUAUUCUACUGAUUCAACCCUCUGCCUUUAUCGUCAGAAUUUGUGCUGAAACGUCAGGAUUGAAGGUGCAUCUUACAAGCCAGUCUAACACGGGGACAGUCUAAAACGCUUAACAUCGCUUUAUAUUAGAAAACCACUAUAAUCGUCAUUAAAAUGUAUGUGGAUAUCUCUACUGAGGCCCACUUCCACCGCUGCAAAUAUUAGAAUGAUUGCUCCAAUAUUUUGGAUUUUAUGGACAUUAACCAUUUUCCUCUCCAUAAAAAAAGCUUAACGUUCUUUAAAGAGGAUAACGCUUAAUAGCCAUAUAAAAUCUGUCAUAUUGGGGUGAUUAUUCUAAUAUUUUCAAAGUUGGCAUAAGUAGAGAUGUCUGCAUAAAUUUUGGUGACGAUUAUUUUCUGACAUGAAGCAACGUUAAGUAUGUUUACACUUACGUUAAGCGUUUCAGACAGUCUGUUUUAUUGAGAGCUUUCUGAAAAACAUGGUGUAAUGUUUGAUGGACUGCAGUGAAUAAAAACGUGGUACA